AUGACCUCAACUGUCACCUUAUACCCACUUUCGAAUUAUACCUUUUCAACAAAAGAAGCACAACCAGAAGAAGAUCCAUCUGUGACUUCUAGAUUACAAAGAUUACAAAACAAUUAUGAAGAUUUCGGGAUGAGACGUACAGUAGAAGGAAUCCUAGUAGUACACGAGCAUGGUCAUCCUCAUGUGCUUAUGCUUCAAAUCGCUAAUGCUUUUUUCAAAUUACCGGGUGAUUAUUUAAGACCAGGUGAAGAUGAUAUUGAAGGUUUAAAAGAAAGAUUAGAUGAAAGAUUGGCUCCUCCUCCUGGUCAGUUUGGGGCUGGACUUACUAGUGCUCAAGGUCAAAAAGAUUGGGAAAUUGGUGAUUGUCUUUCACAAUGGUGGAGACCAAAUUACGAGAGCUUUAUGUAUCCUUAUGUUCCGGCUCAUAUUACCAAACCCAAAGAAUGUAAAAUGCUAUACCUGGUUCAAUUACCAGAGAAGAAGGUUUUAUCGGUUCCAAAGAAUAUGAAAUUAUUGGCUAUUCCACUCUUUGAGUUGUAUGAUAACCCUCAGCGGUAUGGUCCUCAAUUAGCUGCUAUUCCUCAUAUCUUAUCAAGAUUUUCAUUUAUCUAUGCAUAA